AUGGGGCGUCUUCCCCAUCAUGCAUCCCGCCGAUCGAGCCGGCGGCGCGUAAAUCUGCUGGUCUUCCUGACCGAGGGCAUCGGCCCAGAUGUGCUGCCGUUUCUGCUCCAGAACGCAGAUCUCAAUGUUCGUGUCGUGGCGGAUACCUCGAAACAAGAUUUUGCACAAUACAUGGAGCCGGGAAUAUCACUAGAGCAACUGGAAUGGUACGAGAACUCGCCACAGGAUCCUUAUCGGAAUCAGAAUAAGAUGCAGGGACACCGACUGGCAAGGUGGGCUGAUCUGCUGUUCAUGCUCUCAGAUGCCGGAAUGACGAGUUUGAUGCUUGGAGGCUUCACGACGGAUGUGAUAUUGCAUGUGCUGAGGUGUUGGAACUCCUCGAAAAGAAUCAUUAUGCUCCCAGAACUAAGCCAGGACGAGUGGAAGCAUCCGAUCUGGGAGAGGCAAAUGAUGAAGCUGCAGCGGGACUCGGACUGGAUACACCUCCUACAGCCUGCGCUCUGGAACUUUUCCGACCAGCCUACCGGCGUCAGCCAGCCAGGUCCAAGUCCUAUGGGCGGCGAGCCUGACAUUGACUGGCAUUGGGAAGGGCCAGGAGAUAUUCUCGAAGCCAUUCACAGCGAGGUACAGAGCGUGCUCAGGAAACACGCGAGCAAGCCUGUCGUAGUGUCAGGACCAAGCAACAAUCAGGACGACGAAGAUAAAGCAAGAUUGCCUCCUGAAGUUUGGACAGUCAUACUGGACCACCUAGGUGACUGGGAACUGGCGACAGCGUUGGGUAUCUAUCACCACAUCCCCACACCAAGCGAAUGGUCUGGGCUUGUUCCGCGAUCUGGAGCGAAGACACACAGCUUGGAGUACACCAUUCUCACACAGCCACUGUCAAGGAUUAGGGCAUACUUCACGACUUCCGCAUCCUACAAACCACCUACCACACUCUCACAAAUUGCGACUCGACUGAUCUUCCGGUUUAGCAUGACGAAGCUUUUGACUUAUCUGGCGCUCCAACAGAAAGACAUCUUCUGGACCAGCUUCGGGCUGUCCCUACUUCCUCACAAAGCUAGCCUGAUCUACAAUUCUCCGGCGAUCCUCCAGUGGUGGAAAGACUGUCCUGCAGUGAUCAAGAAAGAAUACGGCCCGGAAGCUCUUGAUGGCGCAUCUCGCGCAGGCUUUGUCGAAGUGCUUCAGUGGUGGAUAGACUCUGGCUUACACCUCUCAUACACCGAGAAAGCACUGGAGUCCGCUUCAGCAAAAGGUCACGUCGAGGUACUGGAUUGGUGGAAGACCAACAGCGAGAAGUUGCAGAACACGUCUCGAGACCUGCCGCUGAAGGUUGGCAAGAGCAUCAUACUUGCCGCUCAAUCAGGUCGCGUUGAGAGCAUCGAGUGGUGGGAGAACAGCGGCAUUCCAUACUCGCAUGAAGAUGGUGUCACUCGCUUGGCUUCUCAACAUGGCCACGUAGCAGUCCUGGAGACGUGGUACAACUUCAAAGGAAGCAAAAUGAUAUUUGACAACCAGGUCCUCGUCGGUGCGACAAAGAACGGCCAUGCAGGUGUGCUGCAGUGGUGGAAAGAGGUCAGCAAGAGGAGUGGUCUGAAAGUUGAAUACAAGACUUGUGACAUCGAAGAGGCUAUGGAAGAUGCGGUAGGUGGUGGUGGGGAGGGCGAGGUCAGGGAAUGGUGGGGAAGAAACGGACUCAAUCUUGGAGUAGGCACCGGAGAAUGGAUGAAGGUGAAGACGCUUUGA